AUGGUGAUUAUCCUCUGCAUUUCUGUCACCUACAUACUGAGCAUCACCGGGACCCUGACCAUCGUCACCCUCACCAGGCUGAACUGCCGCUUCCACAACCCAAUAUUCCUGGCCACCAUCACCACGGGGGACAGGACCAUUUCCUACAACUAUCGUGCAAAUCAGUUAUUUUUCUUCUUCUUUCUGCUGGGUGCGACCAAAUUCGUCCUCCUGGCCGCCAUGUCCUAUGACCUCUACGUCGCCAUCUCCCGGUCUCUGCACUACACCGCAGUCAUAAGCCAGAAUGUCUGCACCCUACUGGUCCUCUGCUUCUGGCUAACCGGGUUCCUGGUCAUAUUUCCUCCUAUUAUACUUGGCCUCCAACUGGACUUCUGUGGCGCGGUAGACAUUGACCACUUCUUCUGUGACGUCGCCCCUAUGCUCCUGCUCCCUUGCUCGGACGUCGGGUUCCUGGAGAUGAUGGCUUUCAUCUUGGCCUUGAGCACACAACUGGUCACCUUGGUGUUAGUCGCCAUGUCCUACACAGCCAUCGCCCUCGCCAUCCUGAGACUGCCCUCUGCUCAGCACAAGAGAAAAUCCUUUUUCACGUGCUCCUCCCACAUGGUCAUGGUCUCCAUCACAUAUGGCAGCUGCAUCUUAAUGUACAUCAAACUGUCCGCCCAGGACAGGAUGGACCUGACCAAUGGGGUGGCCGUGCUGAACACUGCCGUGGCCCUCAUGUUGAACCUUUUCAUCUACACCCUUCGGAAAUAG